AAUUUCCGAUCCAACCUGCGGAGAUUUCCGAUCCAUGGACCAUGUUUGUGCUUUAAUAUUGUCUGCUGAAAUGACUCCACAACUGAUUCCCUGCCGGCUGCUCUGCUAACUGGCUGCAAAAUCAGGUGAGCAUUGAGCAGCACCGUGGCUAACGAACUUUUCAGUUCAGUUUCACCAAUAUGUCCAUCUAUGUGGACAUAUAUUUUGCACUAGAAACACCCAAAAGAAAGACAGCAACGUACAACGUUUGCAAAGUUGUUGUACCGAGGGGCGGAAGCUCCGUCGCGACCUACAGGUGGUAAUAAGUAGCGAUUAGCUCGAUGCUGACAUAAUAUUGAGAAUCCCAUUGACGGGCUAGCGCAUUAGCAUCGGUCGCGCUAUUAACUUUCACUCUCAAAUGAUAAACCCAAGCGGGACACCAUAACAGGUAAGUCAUACAGGUAAUUCACACACCAACAAUAUAUUACUCACAGACUUAUAUUACUUCUAGGUACAGCUGGAAGAAAAUGAACCGUGACUGAGCUUCCGCCCCUCGGGAUAUUUGAGAUUUGAAAAACCUUCGUUUCUGCUAAAAGAGCCAGUAUACUUAAUUUGGUCUGAUCAGAUCAAGCAGCCCCUUUUAUUUUAACUGACCUUAUACUUGCCUCAAGUUGCCUUUUGGGACAUACAUGCAUACAUUCGUACAUAUCAUACUUGCCUUGUCCUUAAAAAAGCAGAUUUACAUGUAACCAAUUAGAAAGACGGACCCAAGUCCUUAAAUUGCAAUUAUAAAUUAAAACAAAACAGUGAGGCUAUUCAGGCUAUUGAGGUUAUCCUCUGUGUUUGCAUGUGGUGUAAAGGUCCUUAUUCAUUGUUUUCAGAGUUGACUGGACCCUCUCUCAAAAGAAAUAAGUCUUAACAAGCAAGCCCAUACCAACACAGCUCCCUCUGGUUUGGUUUUUCCUUGGGGGCAGGAGAGGAAUGUGUGUAAACAUAAAAGACCUCAGUGACUUUACUAUGUUUAGCAGACUAACCAAAUUCAUGGGUACCUGACAAGGCCCCAAGGAAAGUCGCACAGAAUCCACCAAUGAAAGACAAACCCUCCCACCAGCUUCCACCAAUACUCCACUCUGAGCCUUGAUGUUUUUUUUUCCAGUUAGAACUUAGAGUAAGAAGACAUCAGAUGGCUGAAAUAUGUUCCUUUUAAAAUAUUUUCUUUGAAAAUGACAAAGCAAUGACUUUUCGUAUAUGGGAGACUGUGAAGGUAUGUAUGCUACGUAACUGAGUUUAGGUCUGGCCUUUUUUAGUGUCAUGUUAUGGUUCAGUUUUUCAGUCAGUUUUUCAGCUAGAAACUGUUUGGAUUUGCAUUUUGAUGAUCAUUGUUUGACUUGGAGGUUUUGCUCACUGCGUAUCGUUCACACUGACGUUCGUUGUUUGACUUGGAGGUGUUGCUGUGUGACUUUUCCAGCUGAUGAUCUUCGGCUUUUUUCUAUGUGUGGACGCCUUCCUCUACGUCUUCACCCUGCUGCCCCUCAGGGUGCUCCUGGCCUUGCUCCGCCUCCUCACCCUGCCGUGCUGUGGCUUCAGGGCACGCACAUGCCCCUACUGCAGAAGAAGCAGCGGGUCGCGGCUACUGCAGCCAGCACAGGUGUGUGACAUGCUGAAGGGCCUGAUCCUGGUGCUGUGCUUCUCCAUGAUGCAUUAUGUCGAUUACUCCAUGAUGUAUCACCUGAUCAGAGGACAGUCUGUCAUCAAACUCUACAUCAUCUACAACAUGUUGGAGGUGGCAGACCGCCUCUUCUCUUCCUUUGGUCAAGACAUCCUGGAUGCUCUCUACUGGACAGCCACAGAACCGAAAGAACGGAAAAGAGACAGUAUAGGGGUCAUCCCUCACUUCUUCAUGGCUGUCUUCUAUGUCUUCCUCCAUGCCAUCCUCAUCAUGGUCCAAGCCUCUACCCUCAAUGUUGCCUUCAACUCCCACAACAAGUCCCUGCUCACCAUCAUGAUGUCCAACAACUUUGUGGAGAUCAAAGGAAGUGUGUUCAAGAAAUUUGAAAAGAACAACUUAUUCCAAAUGUCCAACAGUGAUAUCAAAGAGCGGUUCACCAGCUACGUUCUCCUGCUCAUCGUCUGUCUCAGGAACAUGGAGCAGUUCUCAUGGAACCCAGACCACCUGUGGGUGCUGUUCCCUGACGUCUUCAUGGUCGUCACCUCUGAAAUUGCCGUUGACAUUAUUAAACACGCCUUCAUCACAAAGUUCAACGACAUCACUGCAGAUGUGUACAGUGAAUACAGAGCCAGUUUGGCCUUCGAUCUCGUCAGCAGUCGACAGAAAAAUGCUUGUACUGACUACAGUGACUCAGUGGCCCGGAGGAUGGGUUUCAUCCCUCUGCCUUUGGCUGUUCUGCUUAUCCGAGUGGUGAUGAGUUCGGUGAAGGUGCAAGGGGCACUGUCAUACACUUGUGUAUUCCUCUUUUAUCUCGGACUGGUUACACUGAAAGUGUUGAACAGUAUUGUGCUCCUGGGGAAGUCUUGUGUUUACGUAAAGAGGGCCAACAUGGAGGACAAACUGUUCGAGAGGCCCCCCACCACUCCAUCCUCCACUGCAAAGAGCCCCAGCAAAGCUGACCAGGCUAGAUGUCCCACACCUACAGGUGAAACAAACAUGGAGCAGAUCUCUGCCACACCCUGCAGGUCACCACCAUCCUCCUCCUACUCCUCCUCUGUCACCACCCAACCAACUCCAAGGACUGACUUGUUUCCUCCACCAUUCACUGAUGUCUCCCCUGCUGCACCAGCAAACCGUCCUCCAACUCCACCACCUGAACCUGAACAACCUGCAGCCUCAGUCUCCAAAGACGAGGAGGAGGCACAGGCAGCCUCUGAACUGAAGCACAGGACUCCCAAAAAAGACCUGCUGGAGAUCGACCGUUUCACAAUCUGUGGUAACCGCAUCGACUGACCUGCAGCAGCCGCUGAUGUAGCGAUUAACCACUCAGGAACGACGGAGAGCAAAGGUCUCUGAGCCUGGCUCUCCUGGCCAACAGCAGCAGAAAGCUGUGUAUUUAUUAAAGUCAGUGGCAAAACAGUAAGUUAUUGUGAACAUGGACACGGUGUGAGACGGUCCUGCUAUUGUCGAAGCCUAAAGUUGACAAGUUUGACAAAAGAAAACUUCAGCAGGCGUUUACAGCAGAAGAGAGAGACAGUGUGAGUGUGGCAGCCUGUUUGUCAGGAUGAACUGAUGUGUGUUAGUGUGUGUGUGGAGGUGUUUGUGGAGGUGUUAGGAUGGUUCAGUAUUUAGAGUGAAAAUGUGUGAUACAGUGUAUGUGUGAGCACGUAAGCACUUCCUGCAUGAGCAGCACUGGGACCAUAGAUGUUUCGCAGUUCGCUCAGCAGCCAGAAAACAGACAAACUUCCAAACUCGUACAUAAAAGGUGACACCUGAGUCGUUUUAAGUUGCAUCGCGUGUUUCCUUUUUCCUCUUAAGAACUCGAUAAAACAAGUGUUAGAGUUCUUUAUUUUAAAUAUUGGUUGUUCAUCUAACAUCAGCGCAAUUUACAAGCACUGUUCUAAUCAGACAAUUCAGCCAAUUAAUUUAGAUCUGGAAGUAAUUAAAAAGUGGAACAGCUUCUAAGAGUUUCCUUCAAUAAGGGACUUUAAGCCAGUGGCUCCCAGGGUCAGAUUGGAAAAGGAAAAUAAACAAAAUGAAUUUUCAGGCUGAAUUGGCCUCAAAUGGUAAACACACACAGCUGGUGAUGAGGGGCUUCAAACAGACAUUGGUUUGUUUCACGAGCCAAAAACGUUGGGAAACACUGCAGUCACACACUGUCAAUAUUAGAGUCUAUGCAUUGCUGCUUGUUCCAUUAACCGCUCAGUUCGAAUGAAGAUUAAAGUUUAUACCUCAGUGGGCCUAGUUUGCUUUGUAAAAUGAAGCAUCUUUUCAGUUUCCGUCAUCAUCUGACUAAGAACAGUGGCUUUUAAAGUACAGCUUUAAGCGCAGCUUUUCGUUUACACAGCCAGCAGAUAAAAGUCAUUUGCAGCCCACGCGGCGCCUUCAGCGACUAAGGGACCUUUCAUUAAAGGACCAGUCGGCGUACGACAUUAACAGAAGCUGCCGGUCAAAUGUUGGUAAAUUCUUACUGCUGACACUAAAUCUGCUGCUUCUACCAGCUGCUCGCAGACAGAUUUAAGAAAAAAGAAAAUUUGCAUUUAGCUCAUGAAGUACUGGAAAACAAUGAUAGAGGCUGACGAUAAUCUCCUUCUUGCUUAGGGUACAGUUUUCAAAUCACUUUUUAUAUAUGUAUUUGGUGACAAACCAUUAACUGAAAUUCAUCAUUUAAUAGCUCUACAAGGCAGAUAAUUGUAAGAUAAAGGUCAUCACCUUACAUUACUCAUCCUUUAAGAUAUAACGAGUGUGAUUUUGUUUGAGAAAUUGUAUUUAAUUUUCCAUUACUUUUGGUCUGGAGAAUGUUUGCACUGAUGGACCGUGAUGUCUUAAAUGUGACAGGUCACGUUUCUCAUUCGACUCUCAAGUAACGUUAUAAUGUUUACAUCUUAGAAAAAUAGAAGCAAUAUUUCCACAACAAAAUGCCUUUUUUUGCAUGUGUCUUUUACAUUUUGUCGACUGACCGUGUGAAGUUAUUUUUCUAUGGUUUGAACUUUUCUUUUAAAGCAAUGAAAAAUCUAUAAAGACAGUAUAUGACAAGCCAGUUAUAUAUCAUCAAGCUUUCACUUGUCACCCAUGUUUGUAACUGAGUGUAAACAAAAUAUAUUAUUCUUGACAGUAUAUAUCAGAGUUCUGAAAUAAAAGUCAGGCCAUAAAGUUCCUGCAGCCAUGCCAAAUAUUUCAGCUGUGUCUAAAAAUCAGUUCAUGAUGGUAUGUUAUGUAGCACCUUAUGGCUCCUGCCUCUGUACAGGAUUAUACUUUGCUUUUUUUACAGAAUUAAACAGACAAGUACAUUUGACUGAUAGAAGAUUACAGUUGAAAAUUAUUGCAGCUGUUUAAAACUAAACACCUAACGUUAAUUUUAAAACUACUUAGAAAUCAAUUCUCUUUGAGUUCUCUUCUGUCUUUCUGGUGCACUAUUACUCUCAGUUUAUUUGGGAAUUUAAAAGGUACAUUUCUGCCCUGUUAAUAAGUCAAACAUAGGACAAUAAUAUAUUUAAAGUUGUCAAAAUGUAAAGUUGAGCCUCAUAUUUUUACUUUAAGCAGAAGGAAGAUGCAUAUAAUGUUUACACAUAUCAGCAUUGAUUUAAUUCUGUUUAGGAGAAAAAAAGCUCUUUAUAAUGUUCAUUACCAUUGUAAUAAGGAAGAUAGUUCUAUUUUUGGAGCUGCCAGUUGUGAUAUGAUAAUUUAUUUUGCGCAUGAAAUCUGACUGUCCUCAGUCCUUCAUGUGGUCUUGUCUCCACUGGCCUGAGCUCAGCCUCGUUGUGGUCGCUCAGGUUCAAAGUCUCCACUGUGAGCUGGUUCAGCCUUACUGGUCCCAGUCUGUACCUGACUGAACCACAACUGGACCCCAGCUGAGCUCAACGGAGCCAGUGGAGAUGAGGCAAAAGUGUUCUUAUGCAAGCUGCGAAGGUCCAGUACACUGCCUGCUUUGUUUCAUCAGUUUGAUUCCUUAUUUAAUUCCUACCUUGAUAAUGUAUGAAAAUUCCCUCUUUUUGAUUAAUAAAAACUUGGU